GUAACCCAGGAGUGCGAGAAAGCUGAAGGCCUCUUUGCUGGAAGACCGAUUGUUGUUGUCGACACUCCUGGCCUUUUUGACACUAAGGAAGUGCUUAGAACAACAGCUGAAAAAAUUCAGAAUGCCUUUCAGUUUGCCUCUGCAGGGUUCCAUGCCAUCAUCCUGGUGAUGAUAAUGGGCCGAAUCACUAAGGAAGAGCAGGAAGUGGCUGAGUGGGUGACCACGAUAUUCAGUAAAGAAAGAAGGAGGUAAACAAUCCUGUUAUUCACCCGAGCAGAAGAGCUGGAGCAUCCAGGAGACCUGAAGGGUUUCAUAGAAAAGAGCCCACGCCUGAAGGGUUUGGCAGCCAAGUGUGGAAAUCGGUGCAUUGGUUUCAGCAACAGAGCAACUGGGGAGGCGAGGGAUCAGCAGGUAGCAGAGCUCAUCAGCAUGAUUGAUGCCAUGGUAGAGCAGAACGGCGCUGCUCCACGAUAUACACGGCAAAUGCUGCUGAAGGAUUUAUCCAAUGUUCUUGGGAACUCUUGUGCUAUUCUCUAAGUUCAGGCAGGACACAUCUUCUCCUCUGCGCCAUUCCUGCUGCCUGGCGCGCCGAUGCCGGAGGUGCUGAGUGGUGACGGGCUGUGUGGGACCAGCAGGGCACGGGGGCUCCAACAACUCCACUGCGAGGAGCCUUACCUGCAGAAGCUGGAAGCUGUGAGGCCUGUGGGCCCUCGCUGUGCAGAGGCACCGUGGAACACAGCUGAUCUGCACUUCCUCUCAUGGCUGAUAAAGACGACCAGCAGAGACCCUUGUGCAAAGCUCCCAAAUCUCCUAGACUCACUUGGGCUGCCAUCCUCAGGGCUGCGCUGGGUGCAGGAGUGGUGAAAUACACCUGCCUCCAAAUCUCUCUCCUUUUUCCUCUCCAUUUUCUUUUAUUUGCUUUCCCUCAAAGUAGUUGGUAAGGAAGCAGUGCCUCACCAACACCCUUGUGCAUGAUGCUUACUAAGCACUGUUAGAAAGCUGCCUCAUUUGGCCUCAAACUAGUUGAUUAGUUGUUGACAGAAAGCUCAAUAAAUUGCAGUUUCUCUUCAAAUCAAGAGCAGAGGAUCUCUCUGGCUGCAAUAGUGGGAAAAAGAAAGACAUAAUGAACAGAAGGCCUUGAAAAUGAGUGAUGCAGCUCGGCAGCAACGUGUGCCAGACAUAAGCACACACGAGGUGCCUGGUUUGUGCCGGUGACCAAGGGGUUGUAAAGG